UUAUUUCUAUAUAACCGAGCAACAAUAAAUCGGUUUCCUAGCCGUUCUAACAUGAUAGCACGUCGCGGAAUUUCUGCUCACCCGUAUUUCGACGAACCUCACUUCCUGUAAUUUGAUUGGGUAGCGAGUGACUCACGCUCCUCAGUCAUCCAAUUGUCUAAGCGUGACUCGAACAACUCGCCAAUCAUUGCCCAGGAGGCGGGAUUUAUAGGAGUACGGGUGGGGAAAAAAAUAGAACGGCAUCUGCUGACGCAAAUGCACAAAACUAGCUACAGUCUGCAGGUUAAAACAUGAUACAUUCUACUCCAGGCCAUAAAUAAUGUUCUGAUAGUUUCAAGUUUGGCUAUUUCUCUCAACACAAACAUCACCUUCCACUCAAAAAUAUAUAUAUUUAUAUGAUGUAGUCACUGUAGCUAGCUAGCGUGAUUAAGUCACGUGAUUAGCUAGUAGUAGUAGUAGUACAUCGAGUUUUAUAGAUUUCUGUUGUUUAUCAGUUGUUUUUUCUUUUUUUUCUUACCGAUUUUAACUCCUGACACGGUUAUUUAUGAUUAAAUGUUCGCCCCUGUAGUUUUUACAUGAAUUCAGAGUUUAAAUAAUGGGUUUAAAACUAAAACACAACGACACUGAGUCACAUUUCUGCGUUUUAAAGGUGCAAUAGUCAAUAUUUUUCAUUUCUUACUAGUACAAAUAAAGUGGAAAAUUAUGUAGUAAUGAUCCUACUUAAUAGUUUAAGUUACAACACAUGUAUUAGGUAGCAGGAAAAACCCCACUUUGGAAACCUCCCUUCCGGUCCGGAAGAUAUGUAUGUUUGUGUUUUGAUCCGCGUCUUGUUAAUCAUUUUAUGGACACGCCCCCAAUACACAUUCACGUUCUCAUAACUCACUAGGAGGAGAAUGUUUUGCAUGUUUAUAAGAGUUGGAACUCUGCUUUCUCAAGCAAUCGAAUAUCCGAGUGCACUCGGACGCCGUGUCGUGGUGGUUCUACUACAACCUCUGUAAGUUCUGGGGGCGGAGCUUUAUACAUGAGGGGAAAUGGAGGUGGACUCGAUGGCUGCGUCUGAAAUCGCAUGCUAUGACAGUACGUACUGAUCCGUAUGUGUGCGUGUAUUAUGACGACAAUCCCGGACAUACAUCUGCCAUGUUGGUGUAGCCAUGUUGGCGUAGUCAUGUGACCUUCGACAUCAUCAUAACGACAGAAAUCUUAAACGAGUUAACGGUUUAUUCGGGUAUUGCUAAGCAAGUCCUGUUUAAUCGAGGUUUAAUACUUGAAAAGAGCUGAUGCUGUGUAACAUGUAUGUUUGUUUGUUUGUUUGUUUUGUUUCUGAGCUCGUCCACACCAGUCCCGUUGCAUUGUGGGAUUGUUUGACUAGCGUCGUGUCCACCUUGCAUGCUGCAAAAUCUCCGGGAAUUUCUCGCCAACUGUUUCUUGCAUACUUAGAAUUCCGACAUACAACCCCUCCGGCGUACUGCUUUUCACCUAUCAUAUACCGUAGUAGCGUGCUGAUGGUCUCGGAGAGAAAGGAUAAUUAAUUUGUACAGCUCCGUCCUUCCAGACAGCCUGAGGUUGAGGAUCAGUAAUUUAUCUCGAGAGAGUGAGGCGUGAUGAGGUUUUCGUAGGAGGAGGACACCCACUCCAUCUGACCCCUGAGGAAGACUGAGCAGCAGGAAAACAUGAGGCUCGCGUGAGGUAUGAGAGAGCUCCAGUAAUGUGCCAUGGGGUACGACGUCACCAGGUUCCAGGGGGAAGUAGAUGAGGAUCUGCUCUGUCCCAUUUGCAGCGGAGUGCUGGAGGAGCCAGUGCAGGCCCCACACUGUGAGCAUGCCUUCUGUAACGCCUGCAUCACGCAGUGGUUUGCGCAGCAGCAGAUCUGCCCGGUGGACCGCACCGUGGUGACGCUGGCACACCUGCGGCCGGUGCCACGCAUCAUGCGCAACAUGCUGUCCAAGCUGCAGAUCUCCUGCGACAACGCCGGCUUCGGCUGCACUGCGACACUGCGCCUCGACCAGCUCCAGUCUCACCUCAAAGACUGCGAGCACAACCCCAAACGACCCGUCGUCUGCGAGGAGGGCUGCGGGUUGGAGAUGCCCAAAGAUGAGGUUCCGAACCACAACUGCAUCAAACACUUGCGCAGUGUCGUGCAGCAGCAGCAGACCAAGAUCGCAGACUUGGAGAAAACCGCAGCUGAGCACAAACACCAGCUGGCGGAGCAGAAACGGGACAUCCAGCUCCUUAAAGCGUACAUGAGAGCGAUCCGAAGCGCAAACCCCAACCUGCAGAAUCUGGAGGAGAGCAUCGAGUACAACGAGAUCCUGGAGUGGGUGAACUCGCUGCAGCCCGCUCGCGUGACGCGCUGGGGAGGCAUGAUCUCGACGCCCGACGCCGUCCUGCAGGCCGUCAUCAAGCGCUCGCUCAUCGACAGCGGGUGUCCUCUCUCCAUCGUCAACGAGCUCAUCGAGAACGCCCACGAGCGCAACUGGCCUCAGGGCCUGGCCACGCUAGAGACGCGCCAAAUGAACCGGCGCUACUACGAGAACUACGUGGCCAAACGCAUCCCGGGCAAACAGGCCGUGGUGGUGAUGGCGUGCGAGAACCAGCACAUGGGCGAGGACAUGAUCCUGGAGCCGGGAUUAGUCAUGAUCUUCGCUCACGGAGUGGAGGAAAUCUUAUAGUCGGGACCGGACGACCUUUUUCUUUUGGGGGGAGGGUGGGGAGGUUAGGGAUGGUGGAAGAAUCAACGCUCGAGUUUUUAGAUCUUUACCUCAUAAAUGACACGUACCAACAGGGGUGGAAACGACGUAUGAAGGAGCAGAAUGAACUGCGUUUGUGCUGAGGAUGAAAACCUCCAGCCACCCUGUUGCCUUAAAAAGCAGACCCUUGGAUAAAAAAAAAACACCACCACCACCACACCCUGAAAUGUAAACCACGAAGAAAUGCUGGAGCUUUCUAUUUAAUCACCACUGACUGACUGAAUGAAUCGAAGUCUCUUUACCACUUUGUUGUUUAACGCCGUUUCACACCGCUCGCGUCCGCUUCCCAUCCUGUAAUAUAAAUGCGUUCGUUGUAAAUACGGAAGAUUUAUGGAAGAAAUAUAAACAUAUACGCUAUCUAUUCUUGGUAUCGUAGAAUAGCUAAGAGGAUUUUUUUUUUUUUUUUUGAGGAUUAACGCGCCAGUACGGAGGCUUGUAAAGAUCGACUCGGAUCGGGAUUAGCUCGUACGUUUUAUAUAUCUAUAUACACACACGUUAUAUACACGAAGCAUCUUAAACGUAUAUAAUGAGGAUAUUUAGUGCGCGUCAUGUCUGUGAUUUCCGUGCUCGCUUCAGCUGCAUCGGCCGACCCCCGAGUAAGGCUGCGAGUCAGGAAAUGAAGCCUGUACAGCACAGAGCUCGGAAAGAAGGAAGGAACAUAAUAUCUUUGACAUCUGCUAAAACUGCUGGCACUUAAGCGAGAGGAACGAGCGGGGGGAGAAACCCGAGAGCUCCGCGUGGGCUGUAAUUGUUCGCUGCCUCUGAACUUGACCACAGUUUCAGCUUCUCGGUUGUGGGUUUUGAUUGAUUUUCUAGUUAAGUACGGUUUAAAGCCCUGCGUCGGGUCUUGUUUUUCCGCUUUCCCCGUGCUAAUUUAUUCCCGAUCCUCGCAGGCUUUUCGAAGGCGUCCAGCUCGCUAGCGUUUCCUUCCACCCAAAGAUUUCUAUCGAGGAGGGGGGGGGAGAAAUAACCUCGCGUUACCGAUUAAUCGAGGAGCCGUGCGAUCGAAACCGAGGACGCGACGAUCAUCGGCAUGACUGAAAUAAUCCAGGGUCUCGCGCAGAGAAGAUAAUGAUCUGCUUCAUCGUUUUUAACCCUGAAAACGGAUCACGUUCUGCCACACGCCCACGCUUGACGCGUCAAAUCCAGCCACUCGUCCGUCUUUCUUUGCCUCGAUGCCACUUGGUGUUUUUACUUCUUUAUAUUUCGUGUAAUUGAUCACACUGUUUAGAAAUAGUGACAAAUUUUGAGAAUUUAUUUUUGCUUAUUAUUAUUAUUAUUAAUUUUUUUUUGUCUUGGUAUUCUUUCUGUACAUAUCUGAUUUUAAACGAAACUCUGGUGUAACUCUUUCUUUUUCUUCACGCCACCAAAGUGUUGUGAGUUUUGCUCAUUGUGCUUUUUGUUUUUGUCUUUGUUCUGCAAAGAAAACAUGAACUCUCUCAUAUCCCGA